AUGGGCCUGGUAAAAAUCAACAACUACAAGGAUUACUGGUCUUCUCAUCCUGGGCUGCGCAACAAGUUAAUUUCACAGACCAUGAAGCGCCAUCGAUUUGAUGCCCUCAGUCAGCACAUCUCCUGCAAUGACCCGGACAAAAACCCAGAUCUGAUACGUGACAAAGUUCAUCGCUACCAUGCCAAGAAGAAAUCCUCACUUCAUCCAAUCCUGCCUGCAUGUGACAAGGUGCGCCGAAAAUGUCUCAGAAACUACAAACCACACUGGGAGCUGAGUCUCAACGAGGCCAUGGUGAAAUACCGAGGUUUUAAAGCCAGUGUAAGGAAGUUUUUCAUGCCCUUCAAGCCCAUUCGCACUGGAUUUAAGAUCUAUGUCCUCGCUGAGGCAGCCACGGGAUUCUUCAUCAACUUCACUAUUCAUCCCCACGGAGGAACCCCUACAAAGAUGGUAGACAUUGUGAUGGCGACAGCAAAGCAUCAACUCAACCUUUACCAUCAUAUUUUCACAGACCGGCUCUACACCUCAGUUUUCCUGGCUCCUACCCUCCUCGCUAAGCGUACCUAUCUGACUGGUGCUGUCAAGAGUAAUAGUAAAGGGCUACCAAAGGACUUCACAACAUCACAGAGUAAUCCAAAUCACAAAAAGGUCAAGCACUUGAACACCUGCGAAAGGGGAACCUUUUACACCUGCCAGAACGGCCAACUGACAUCAUGCCUUUGGAAAGACAGCAAAGUCAUGAUGCUCCUGUCAUCUGCACACCAAGGUUGGAGGGAUCCAAACACAGGCACGGUGGUGCGCAAAGUGGCCAACGCAGAUGGACGACUUAAGAAGAGGUGUAUUCCUGCCCCACCCCAAGCGGUUGACUACACUAAGAACAUGGGAGGCGUCGACAAGGGUGACCAACUCAGAUCGUACCACACUUGUUCACGGAAGUCACAACUUUGGUGGCACAGCAUCUUAUACUUCCUGCUGGAUGUUGCCAGGGUAAACGCCUGGCUGUGUUACAAGCAGCACCACACACCAGCAGCCAACGACGGCUCAAGUGCCAGUACCAGUGGCACUGAUGACGACCAGGGUGAUGGCCGAGUACUAACACACUCCAAGUUCGUGCUUGCAGUAGUCUCUGAGCUUAUCGAUGGGUACGCAACAGGAGAUGUGCCGAAACAACCUCCAACUUGUCCUGUCCCUGGGAGCAACAGUGCAGGCCAUGUCUCCGUGAAGAUGCCAGGUCGGAAUGCAAGAUGGUGUAGGUGGUGUCGGCUGAAGUCAACACGCCGAGGUUGCAAUGUGUGUGGAGUCAACCUAUGUCCAGGAAGAUGCUUCAUAGAAUUCCAUUCCAUCAAAGAAAGAGAGGCAGACUCCACCACAAGCACCACCGACUAG